CGGCGCGUUACAUCGUCAUAUGGCACAAUUCAUGGCUGUCAGAAUGAGAAAUGCGCACAUACAAGAGGGCUUUUCCCUCGGAGCGACACUACAGUUAUUGGCUUGCCAGCGACCAGAACAAUCGUGCUGCUGGCAAAAUGAAGGCAUCAGCUAGAAUAGUAGCAAACAUGACAAUACCUCAGUCUGCCAAGCUUUCCCUGGUUCGCGCCUUUUCCUUGUUAGCACAUCCGCUCCGAUCACCCCCAACGACAUACCCUCGUCGAGUGCAGCUUUGGACGAACGUUGACGUUUUGACUCCUUCAAUGGCCACACCAAUUCAUCCAUCCAUCUGUGUCAGUACGCAUGUGGCCUGCUUCAGUCGGUGGUGGCGCAAGUCGCCCAGCCGCAUCCACCUCGCUGUACGUCGGCUCACCAGAACGAUGUCGUCGAUUGGCACGAGUGGGACGACGAAGCAAUUGCAAAAGCUCGAGCGAAACACAAUCUCAUCUUUAUUUCGUCUGGCUACGCUGCUUGCCAUGUCAUACAGAACGGCAGCUUCCAAGAUGAGGGUAUUGCGCAGCAGCUUAGCAACGCCGGCGUUGUCUCGAUCAAACUCUAACGGGAGGAGCGGCCUGAUGUUGAUGCCAAACUCAUGGCUGCCUGCGUCGCCAUGGUGGACCGCAGCGGCUGGCCACUCACCGCUUUCCUGACGCAUCAAACGGGCGGCAUGGUCUUUGCUUGCACCUUUCCCCGUGAAGCCUUCUCUCAGCGGCUCCGCAAUUUUGAGCAGCUAUGGGUAGCCUCGCCGGAAGAAGUCGUAGAUGGGGUGUGCAACAUCCCUAUACAGCGCGACGCCAGUAACCGCACAGAACGCAAUCAGGCAUUGAAAAUCAUUCACUCACUCGGCGUCGUUCGUUGAGCAGUUGUGCGACGCCUUGGCGACUUUGACGAGCAGCAUGGUGGCUUCCGGCCCGCUACAAAGGGUUCAAGCGUUUCGCCCACGCACUAUGUUCAUCACUUUGCGGUCACAGCGUUGUUUGCAGCUAGUAAGCAGAAGCCAUCCGAGAUAGAAACAUGGUGAAAUAUGGCUCUCAGAGCAGUCUAUGCCUCCUGUUUCACCCUUGUCAAACAAUAUCGAGGCGACAUCACGU